AGCCUGCACAGACAGUUGCAUCUGCCAUAGGCGCGCACGGCAAGGAGGGCGUGGUUGUCGCAAUGGAUCAUGGCUCUCAAUUGGGACAGGAUGGAGUAAUCCGGCGAAAUGUUGGUCGGAGAAGUGUUUCAGAUAGAUCAAGAGAAUCCACGGUCAGAAAGCAUAACAUACUGUGGAAUGGACAAGAGAUGAAGGAGAUGGAGUCACAGGAUGAGGCUAAGAGGCAUGAUGAUGAUGUUGCCAUUAGUGGCAAAGAGGGGGUUGCUCGGUUGGGAAAAGAAAGUGGUCGUGGUAGUGAUGUUGAAGCGAGGUACCACAAUGCUACUGCAAUGCACAGCAAUCCUAACGCUUCAUUGAAAAAGGAAAAUACUUCUGAUAGAUCAUCUGAGAAAUUAAGAGGCGCUACCUCAGAAGACUCUGAUGCAAAGGCAAUUAGCAGUAGUACUAGUCAUCAUACAAGUUUGCCAGAUGCUACAAUACGUGCCAUCAAGAACCAGUUAAGAACAGCAAAAACAUAUAUUGGGCUCCUACCUUCUAGAGGCCGUCAUGCUUUUGUUAGAGAUCUUCGAAGAAAGAUGAGGGAUAUCCAACAAGCACUCGGUGAUGCAACAAGUGGUAGGCGGUUGCCAAAGAAUGUCCAUGGAUUAGUUAGAGCUAUGGAGUUGACAUUAGCAAAGAUCAAGCAAGUACACGAGAACUGUGCAGCUGUUAUUGAUAAGCUACUAGCAACCCUUCAUUCAACUGAGGACCAAGUUCAAGCUCACAAGCAAAAGGCUAACUAUGUAGCACAAAUAGCAGCUAAGGCUCUACCAAAAAGGCUCUAUUGUCUUACACUGCGUCUUACAAAUGAGUAUUAUUCUUCCACUACCAACAAAAAGCAGUUUCCAUAUGAAGAAAGGUUUGAAGAUCCAAGGCUACAGCACUAUGCCUUAUUCUCAGAUAAUGUACUGGCAGCUGCAGUGGUUGUGAACUCAACUCUUAUAAAUGCUAAGAAUCCAGUAAGCCAUGUCUUCCAUAUUGUGACGGACAAACACAAUUAUGCUGCAAUGAGAAUGUGGUUCUUGGCAAAUCCCAUUGGAGAAACUGCUGUUCAGGUCCAGAACAUUGAAGAGUUUACAUGGCUAAAUUCGAGCUAUAGUCCAGUUCUGAAGCAGCUGGAGUCCCAUUUCAUGAUCAACUACUACUUCAAUACCCAUCAGGAUAAGCCGGAUAAAAACCCAAAGUUCCAGAAUCCCAAGUACCUUUCUAUUCUCAACCAUCUGAGAUUUUAUCUUCCUGAGAUCUUCCCGAAGCUUAGCAAGGUGCUAUUUCUCGAUGAUGAUAUUGUAGUCCAGCAGGAUUUAAGUUAUCUUUGGUCGAUAGAUCUCAAGGGCAAAGUUAAUGGCGCUGUCCAUACCUGUGGAGAGACUUUCCAUAUGUUUGAUAGGUACCUCAACUUCUCAAAUCCUCUAAUCGCUAAGAAGUUCGAUCGCCGUGCCUGUGGCUGGGCAUAUGGCAUGAACAUGUUUGAUUUGUCUGAGUGGAGGAAGCAGAAUAUUACUGAUGCCUACCACUACUGGCAGAAUCUGAACGCAAACAGGCAAUUAUGGAAAUUAGGAACACUUCCCGCUGGCCUUGUCACAUUCUGGAACCACACAUUCCCUCUUGAUCGCUCAUGGCAUCUCUUGGGUCUAGGGUACAAGCCGAAUGUCAACCAAAGGGAUAUCGAGCGCGCAGCUGUUGUACACUACAAUGGGAAUCGAAAACCGUGGCUUGAGAUUGGAUUGCCAAGAUACCGCCAAUUCUGGUCCAAGUAUGUCAAUUUUGAUCAUGUUUUUCUACGUGAGUGCAACAUAAAUCCAUGA